CUGCGGCCAUUUUACUCCGGGUUAGGAUUUGGACAAGGUUUCGGGCGUUUCGAUUGAAGGGUUUGCGAACCGAAACGUUCUCCGUGCUGUUCCAGUCGCGGUUCUGCCGGCAGUAGACCUGAGCGCAAAUCCUGAGCUGUUUAUAAUUUGAUGAAGCGCACUUUACUUGGCCUGAUCCAACCCUUUCCGUCCCCCAAUGACUGGCGGAGACGUUCAGUCAAAAUACGAUUUCACUUGGGAUGUAAAUGAGGAAUUAACCGUCAGCGUGCCGGCCGAUUUCGCUGCUUGUGAGGAUUGAUGGAACAGGCCUGACGGCAGCUGGCAGCAACGCCUGUCCUUUGGCUGCAUUUAUUUAUCCGCAGUUUGCCGGGCUCCGAGAGGUGUUGGUGGCUAUUGCUGAGGGUUGACACCCAGGUCUCAUAGUAAUGGGGAACCAACUGGCUGGCAUCGCGCCUUCUCAGAUCCUAUCCGUCGAUAGUUACUUCUCCGACAUCCAUGAGUUCGAAUACGACAAAAGCCUGGGCAGCACCCGCUUCUUUAAGGUUGCUCGGGCCAAGCACCGUGAGGGACUGGUGGUUGUCAAAGUGUUCGCCGUGCAGGAUCCAUCACUGCCGCUCACUACCUACAAGCAGGAACUGGAGGAGUUGCAGCACAAGUUGCUCGGGGCCCCCAACUGUGUGCCUUUCCAGAGGGCUAGCUUCACUGAGAAAGCCGCCAUGCUAUUCCGGCAAUACGUAAGGGACAACUUGUACGACCGCAUCAGCACCCGACCCUUUCUCAACAACAUCGAGAAGAAGUGGAUCGCUUUCCAGCUCCUCAAUGCAGUGGAGCAGGCACACCGGGCCGGCGUUCGCCACGGGGACAUCAAGACAGAAAAUGUUAUGGUCACCAGCUGGAACUGGGUAUUGCUCACCGACUUUGCCAGCUUCAAGCCCACCUACCUGCCCGAGGACAACCCUGCAGACUUCAAUUAUUUCUUUGACACCUCCCGGAGAAGGACGUGUUACAUUGCCCCGGAGCGCUUUGUGGACGGGACGAUGUUCAGCACCGAAUUGGAAGCAGCAAGAGAUUCAACUACCCCACUGGUGGAUCUAACUCCCAACAAUCAAAGGAUGAGAGGAGAACUCAAACCGGCCAUGGAUGUCUUUUCUGCAGGAUGUGUUAUUGCAGAACUAUUCACAGAAGGAGUACCAAUGUUUGAUCUAUCACAAUUGCUAGCUUACAGAAAUGGUCAUUUUUCUCAUGAACAGGUGUUGAAUAAGAUUGAGGAUAUUAGCAUAAGAGGUCUGGUCAGUCAGAUGAUUCAGCGUGACCCUGAGAAGCGUCUAACAGCGGAAGAACAUCUCAAACAACAGAGGGGCAGAGCUUUUCCAGAGCUGUUUUACUCUUUUCUACAACCUUAUAUGGCACAAUUUGCAAAAGAAACUUUUCAAUCUGCUGAUGAACGUAUCUUGGUAAUAAGGAAAGACUUGGAAAAUAUUCUGCAAAAUGUUUGUGGAGAAGACCAGUCAGAGAAAAGCGAAGGAGAAACAAAAGAGUAUGGAUUGGUUAUUUUGGUGUCUGUCAUCACUUCUUGCUUGCAAACACUCCAGUUCUGUGAUUCUAAAUUAGCUGCUUUGGACUUAAUUCUCCAACUAGCAACCAGACUCAGUGGUGAGAUCUUGCUUGACCGUAUAACACCUUAUCUCUUGCAUUUUGCCAAUGACUCUGUGCCAAGAGUGCGAGCUGAAGCAGUCCGAACAUUGACAAAAGUCCUUGCCCUUGUCAAAGAGGUGCCACGUAACGAUGUCAAUAUUUACCCUGAGUACAUUUUACCAGGAAUUGCGCACUUGGCUCAGGAUGAAGCAACUCUUGUCAGAUUAGCAUAUGCAGAAAACAUAGCACUUUUGGCAGAGACAGCUCUUCGGUUUUUAGAAAUAGUCCAAUUAAAUAACUUAAAUGUGGAAGGUGAGCUAAAUGGCGAGGAAAUAGAAGAAAUACUACAUCCUAAUGAAAAUUACGACUCUGAAUUACAAGCUCUUCAUGAGAUGGUACAGCAAAAAGUGGUGACGCUGUUAAGUGACCCAGAAAAUAUCGUGAAGCAGACCUUAAUGGAGAAUGGUAUUACUCGACUUUGCGUGUUCUUUGGUCGACAAAAGGCUAAUGAUGUCCUUUUGUCACACAUGAUAACCUUCUUGAAUGAUAAAAAUGAUUGGCAUCUUCGAGGUGCUUUCUUUGAUAGUAUUGUUGGUGUGGCUGCUUAUGUUGGGUGGCAGAGUUCAUCAAUCCUCAAACCUCUUCUUCAACAAGGACUUAGUGAUGCCGAAGAGUUUGUGAUCUAUAAAGCCCUCAAUGCGAUGACUUGCAUGUGUCAGCUGGGACUUCUGCAAAAGCCUCAUAUCUAUGAGUUUGCCAAUGAUAUUGCACCUUUCUUGUGUCACCCAAAUCUCUGGAUCCGUUAUGGAGCUGUUGGAUUCAUAACAGUGGUAGCACAACACUUGAAUAUUGCCGACGUCUAUUGCAAACUGAUGCCAUUUCUUCAUCCAUUCAUCACCCAACCCAUAAUACAGAUUGACAAGGAAAUUGUGUUGCUGAGUGUCCUCAAGGAGCCUGUCAACCGUUCGAUAUUUGAUUAUGUAUUGCGAUCAAAGGACAUCAUAAAUCUCUACAAGCAUUUGCACUUGCGUCAGAAGAUAAGAAAUGGACUAAUAUUGGAAUGCCCAAUCCCUGAAGACCCAAUCAUUGCUCAGCUGUUAAAGAAAUUGCUUUCUCAGGGCAUGAGUGAAGCAGAUGAAGACAAAUUACUUGCCCUGAAGGAUUUCAUGCUAAAGUCAAACAAGGCCAAAGCCAAUGUGGUGGAUCAAAGCCACAUGAGUGACAGUGGUCAGAGUGGAGUGAUUGAUUUGGCUGCAUUAGGAAUUCCUAGGAAACAUGUUGAUCUUGUGAAAACAAAACAAGAAAAUGAUGAUAAACGAGCAAGAAGGCAUGUUAAACAAGACUCGAAUUUAAAUGAAGAAUGGAAGAGCAUGUUUGGCUCUCUUGAACCUCCAAACCAGCCUAAAGUUAUUGCAGCCCCUGGAGACCAGGAAAAUACCACUGGGAAAAAUCUCAGAUCUGAGUCUUCACCGGGGAUAAUGAUCACUACCAACUCCACUUUGCAACAGGUGACAGAAGGAGCUGCGGCCCCAUCAAGAAAAGCAGCUGUUUCCUUGUUGGUUCCAGCAAGUGGAAAUGUUCCAUUGUUGCCCUCUACGUACCAGAGACGCAUUACCACGUGUGUCACCGAGCUCCAACACCUGAUUCAGCAGAAGCGAGAGCAAUGCAAUGCCGAACGAAUGGCCAAACAGCUGAUGGAAAAUGCUGAAUGGGAGAGUAAAUCUCCUCCACCAGGCUGGCAUCCCAAAGGGCUUCUUGUUGCACAUCUCCAUGAACAUAAAUCAGCAGUGAACAGGAUCCGGGUAUCUGAUGAGCAUUCAAUUUUUGCUACCUGCUCAAAUGAUGGGACGGUGAAGAUUUGGGAUAGUCAGAAGAUGGAGGGAAAGACCACAACUACAAGAUCAAUUUUGACGUAUUCUCGAAUAGGGGGAAAAAUCAAAACUUUGGCAUUCUGCCAGGGCUCCCAUUAUCUGGCAGCUGCUUCUGACAAUGGUACUGUCCAACUCCUAGGGAUUGAGGCUAGUAAGCCUCCAAAAUCUCCAAAAAUACAUCCUCUCCAGAGCAGAAAGGAAGAUCAUUACAUCUCUAACGUAACUUUGGACCAGAAAAAGGAUGGCUGUGUAGUAGACAUUCAUCAUUUUAAUGCAGGAGCCCAGUCUGUCUUAGCAUAUGCAACAGUAAAUGGUUCAUUGAUUGGCUGGGACCUGAGGUCAUCAACAAAUGCCUGGACAUUAAAGCAUGAUUUGAGACUUGGUCUCAUCACUUCAUUUGCUGUGGAUAUACAUCAAUGCUGGCUGUGUAUAGGGACAAGUAAUGGAACUAUGGCUUGUUGGGACAUGAGAUUUCAGCUUCCCAUUUCAAGCCAUUGGCAUCCCGCAAGGGCUCGCAUCCGGCAACUGCUAAUGCAUCCCCUCUGCCAGUCAUGGGUCAUUGCAGCUGUGCAAGGAAAUAAUGAAGUUUCAAUGUGGGACAUGGAAACAGGGGACCGACGAUUCACUCUAUGGGCCAGCAGUGCUCCACCUCUCUCUGAAAUGCAGCCUUCAGCACAUAGUGUUCAUGGAAUCUACUGCAGCCCAGCAGAUGGAAAUCCUCUGUUACUAACAGCUGGAUCAGACAUGAGAAUAAGGUUCUGGGAUUUGGCAUAUCCUGAGAGAUCAUAUAUUGUUGUAGGAGGUGCAAAUGAUGCUCUGCAUUGUCCAUCUGUUUCAUACUAUAGAAAGAUCAUUGAAGGGACUGAGGUUGUACAGGAAAUUCACAGCAAGCAGAAGGUUGGAUCAUCAGAAGAUGUGCCUCGCAGAGGUCCUGAAUCUCUCCCAGUUGGACACCAUGAUAUUAUCACAGACCUUGCUGCUUUCCAAACCACUCAGGGCUUUAUUGUAACUGCUUCACGAGAUGGGAUUGUCAAAGUUUGGAAGUAAAAGUGGCAGGUGUAUUGAAGAGAAUUUUAAAUCAACUUGUAUUAAUACAUUUGUUUGCAAUAUGAAGGUUGGGAAAUGAUGCAGGAAAUUAUUGGUUCAUGAAAAUAAAAGCCUAAUAUGUAUAAUGUCUUAUGAUAAAGAGCAUAUUUGCAUUUUCAAAUAAUUCAGCCUUGACAACCUAAUGGCAUUGGAACUCCAGGAAAUGACUGCAUAUAUUGUUUCACAAUCCAGAGUAUUUGACUAAGCAGUUAUAAGCUUGAAAUGUAUUCUCUCCAUUCUGCAUGUGUGUAAAGAAUUCAAACUCACUGUUUGAACUUUAUUAAUAUAAAAAUGUGUAUAAUGUUUUAAAUUGAGAUUUAUGACAAUUCCAAAUAAUUUCACUAUUUCAUUCAGGAGCACUUUAGAAUUUAAAACAGAAUAUAACUUUAAGUAAAUUAUAUUAAUAUUUUUGGGCACCUUUGGAGGGGUGAAAUGGCCUUUAUGGACUUCCUUACUUGCCAGCAUAAUUCUAUGAGGGAGACCUCUUGGCAGUAGAUAUGCUUGAAAUCAUUAAACUCUUUCAAUAUAUGCAGCAUUUUCCUUUUGCUUUGAGAUAUUUUGAUAGUUUUGAAAUAAAAUGUAGAAAUACUGGUAUACUAGCUCAAGUGGAAGAAGUACUUGAGCAGCAGUUUAUUACAAGGUUGGUGACCGCAAUGAAAUCCAAGUUUUACAGUGUAUUUACACUGAGACCCCACUAUAUGGACCAUCAAAUGGGAAUACACAGAGCUCCUCUACAGAGAUUUGUAUUCAGUUAAACUCAAAUUAAUUUUCAAAUAACAUAAAUGUUAGCACGGUGGAAACAGUAGACAGUUAUCUAGAACUGGUUGUCUAAGUUGACCAGGGUGUUUUCUAAAGAAGUUGAUUUAGAAAUAUAUCUAGUUCGUCUGAAGGCAACAGCUCAAAAAACCACAGCAAAGACAAAAGUAAUCUUUAUCAAAAAUGUGCAUUUUUCUUUUGCUUUGUGACAUGUUGAUAGUUUUGGAAAAAAGUUAGAUAUACUGGCAUAUUAGCUCAAGUGGAAGACCAUUAUUGGUGAAAUAAAUUCCUUUAAUAUUUAAACUGUUCUAAUAAAAAACUAUAAGGAGAUAAGAGUAUAAUAUAGUAAAGUAUCAGGAUUUGUUGGAAUCAGUUGGUUUGUUAGUAUAUUCCCUAAUUUGGUAAAGAUAGAAAAAUGUUGUCAACGCUGGACAUAUUAUUAGAAUUAUUUUAACCUUUUGGCUUCUGGAAUUUGGAUUAUAUACCAAGUAAAGCAGUUUUGUCAACCUCCUGGCAUGAAGUAUUUUUUUUUGUCAAGCAAAUAAAAUAUACAAAAAGGUGAA